GAUCAAUUAGAUUUAAUGCUUCCUUUCUUGUUUCUUCAGCGAGGGCAAAGAGCACUUCCUACUAUGUCCAGCCAAGACACGGCAGAUUUUCCAGCCCCGAAACGGAAAAAGAAGAAACCAAAAAAGGAUGGAAAUGAAGCAGGGGACAUUGAUGAUCAGGACAUGGAAAUGGGGGGGCUUUCCAGCCGGAGGGAGUCUGAGGCCGGUGAUCAUUUGACUCUGGAAGCUGCAACAGAUGCUCCAACACAAAGGAGACGGAAGAAGAAGAAAGCCGUGCCUACAGAUUUGGAAGAAAACCAGGCAGACCUGGUCAACGGAGAUACGGGAGAUCAAACCACUGAUGGAGAAGAAGUUGUUAGGAAACCCAAAAAGAAAAAGAAAUCAAAGGUUGGAGAAUCACAGCUUCCGGAGGAGUUUUGUGUCGAAGAGGAUGACAUCAUCAAUGACACGUCUUCGCCGAUCCCCCAGCAGUCUCUGUUCUCGGCCCCGCAGGGCCAGAGCCAGCCGGUCGGGAAGCUGUUCGUAGAGAGAAACAAACGAUUCCAGGCUGCGGAGCGCUCUGACUGGAAGACGACCAGCGACCAGAUGGAUAGCAUGACCGAGCUCCAGCAUAUGCAGCAGCUUUGGACAUCUAGAGACGUUUCUGUCCGAGUGCACGAAGGCUUCAGGGUGUUUGGUCUGUACUGCCACGGCUUUCUGGCCGGGUACGCAGUUUGGAACGUGGUGGUGGUGUACAUGCUAGCCGGGCAGCACCUCACCGCUCUGCCCAACCUGCUGGAGCAGUACCACGGCCUGGCGUACCCCUUCCAGUCUCUGCUCUAUAUGCUGCUGGCCAUCAGCACCGUGGCCUCCUUCGACAGGGUAAAUCUGGCUAAGGGUCCCGUGGCUCUGCGGGAGUUCAUCACUCUGGAUCCCGUGGCUCUGGCCUCCUUCUUGUAUUUCUCAGCGUUGGUCCUCUCUCUGAGCCAGCAGAUGACCAGCGAUCGCAUCAACCUCUACGCAUCCUCCAACAUGACCUUAUGGCCUCCAGGAUCGGAGCACCAGCUCCUCCACCCGUGGGUGACCAUCAACCUGGUGGUGGCUCUGCUGGUGGGCUUGGCGUGGAUCUUCAUCUCCACCAGACCCGAGACGGACUACACUGAAGGUUAUCUGAGGACAAUGGAGGUUGAGCCUCCGAAGCCAGACGACAAAUCAGAAAUUACUGCCUGAGCUCCUGUAAAUCUCCAGCUGCAGCUUUGUUGACGUCUGUGAUUAUUUUAGAGAUUAUUUUUCAAAUGUUUGUUUCUUAAAAUAAAGAGUUUAAAGUAAUCCA